CAACAGGAGACAUAGUGAGACGGACUGGUGCCGCUGACCGGGGACAAGCUUACUGCCCCUACACAGAGAACAGGCGCAACAAGGAACACUGCGGGAGGAUCACUUUGUACCGGCACACACCCUUCAUGUUAUGGGAUUAAAGCGCACAAAGACACACACCGGUGCGUAAAGUUGAUGCGCUGAUCCGCUGCUCCAGAGAACAUUACCACUGAGGUCCAGCAGAGUCUUUGUCUGCGGAGGGAGAGCUGUGCAGCGCGGCUGGAGACAUCGGGAGGCUCCCUGUGAACGCGCCACAUGCGUGUGGAAGAUAUGGAUUUGCUUUGGCUAUAGCCCAGAUGUGCCGCGGUUUUUUUAUAUUUAAAUAUUCAUUUUUUCAUCCUUGGACUGUGUGCGUGGUGACAUUGUUAGAUUGUAUUUCUCUUUAACGAGCGAAGAGAUAUCAAGACUAAAUCGUGCGGAAUUACAACCAUGAACUGUGUUGUCAGUUUGGUACACAUCCUUUUGGCAGCGGUUCUUCACCUAUCCACAGUAAAGACUGCCAGCAUUACCAAGGGAGCGGAGAAGAGUAAAAAUGAGGAGGCUUCUUCGGUUUCCCCAGUCAUCCCUCUCAUAGAUGUCUUCACUAAGAGUUUGUGUCAGCCCAGGGAGGUGCUGGUGGACAUCUUCUCGGAGUAUGCGGAGGAUACGGAACACACCUACAUUCCCUCCUGCGUGGUGCUCAACCGCUGUGGAGGCUGCUGUAGCGACGAAGCAUUGGAGUGUGUUCCUACGGAAACACACAACGUCACGAUGGAGGUAAUGCGUCAUAGACCAAUGGUAAAGAAAGGCACUAUUCAAUUAAGUUUCACAGAGCACAAAUCGUGUAUAUGCAGACAAAAGCCAGAUCUUCCAGUAAAGAAAGAAUACCACUGUGCGCCUUGCUCAGAGAGAAGAAAGCGCUUGUUUGUGCAGGACCCUCUCACCUGUAAAUGUUCCUGCAAAUUCACACAGUUAGACUGCAAGUCCAGGCAACUUGAGUUAAACGAAAGAACUUGCAGAUGUGAGAGACCGAGGAGGUGAGACCAGCAACACUGUUAUGAAGGAAUUAUUUUCUUGGCUCAGCACUUUGAAAACCUGAGGAUGCAUUCCCUGCCAGGACACGAAACGACAACGCAAGACAGGACAUUCUUAAACGCAACUCUUGCCAGUGUUUGUUUUCCGUAUAAAGAUAUUAAUAUAUAUGUACAUAUACUAUAAGUACAUCGACAAUGUGUAUUGCUGCUACGUAAAAGAGACACUAUUUAAAGCAAAACGAAUGCGCCACUGGCGUGUGAACGGGAAAUGUUUCAGUGGCGUUCUGCUCAUGGGUAGAAUUUGUAGAAGAGAUUUUAUGUGACAUUUCACUGGAUGCUGGUCUGCUGUGGAUAUCUUAAAAAUAUUUUUUAGUAACAAAAACGAGCAGUGCAGCAGGAGCCGAGCUCCCCCUCCAAACUCUGACAAAGGAGACUUGAAGAAGAAGAAGGAGGAGGAAGAAGAGCCUCUGUUGUACUUGAACUGAAAUGCAGGUCCAAGAACUGUUUCCCUCUGAGACAUGAUGUGAAGCUUUGUCCCCACUGUAUGGACCGACUCUGUGUGGAAACACACCUGGAAAGUCUCUCAGAGUUUCCUGAAGUAACUGUGGAUGCAGGUGAUGUGCCGUGGUGACGGAUAAAUGUGAAGAUGACCUUCUUUCCUCGUGGGAGGGUUACGUGACAAUGGCAGGAACUGAACCAAAGAGUAGCUCAUGGGGAAGACUAGCAAGUACACAUAUUUUAUGUUAAAAAAUAUGAAAAUUAGGUUAGUGUUCAGGUUUUAAAGUUAAUAAACCACUUCCUGGUUCUGGUUCCGCCUCCUUCAUGUAACCCUUUCCUCGAUUGGAAACCAGAGGUGUCUCUCUCUUUGUGCACAGAGUUUAUCAUUUACAUUUUGAGGUAUUGUGUUUCUUCUGUGACCAGGCUGUCUACAGGGAUAUUACUGUAGGUAUAUACGGAGACAAGAAGUGAACAGACAAGCUGAUCACAUCAGAUCAGCACCUCACUGUACAAAUCCACAAACUUCCGUAUUUAAUGGCUUUGUGUGUGUUCCAAAGAAAAAAUCAGGCAUCCACAGAAAACCUAAACGAUCUGUAUAUACUUACUAGAUAUCCCUUUGUCUCGUACACUUCAUUUUUAUUUAUAGAAAAUCCUCAGUAUUCUGCAUACUGAUAUUUAUAUUCAGUGUUAAGGUUAUUUUUUAAAGUGUAUUAUCGGAGAUUGAAUGGAGAACGCGUAUGACUGUUGACUCCUUUUCUGUGGGAAAAAGGACCGAUGCUUUGACAUUCCUGAUUUAAACUAAAGCUGUUCCUCAGCGGCAAGAGGGGUGGGGGAGGGGGAUUAUGGUGGGCCUGUUGACCGAUAUUAACCCCUACCACCAACAUGUGCAUGAAUGAUGCGCCAACACAGGUGUUUUUCAUUUUGGACUGGGGACAUGGACAUGUGGUUUUGCACUUGUUGGCCCAAAGGCACAUGGAAGACUGAAGUAGUCUGCUGCUCAGCUCGGACCUAAUUUAGUGAAGACUGUCCAAUCAGACGGGGGCCUCCAGUCUGACGGUGGUAAACUGGCACGGUGUCUCAAUGACCUCAACCCAGCCUAAUUCUUAAGUAUUACACUGAUGUGUGCUUCAGUAGCCACUUGGCACAAAUUACCGUAAUGCUACAUUUUGACGAAUGAGAAAAGAGCUUCCUCAUUGAUGAGCCAUAAUAGAGGAGAAAAUAGGAUAUAAAGUUGGUAAUGAUGAAGAAAUAGUAUAAUAUAAUUUAAAAAUACUUUACAGAUGUUUUAUACUAUAUAGACUAAUUUAAAUGUAAGGUCACUGAUGUGCCUCCAUAUAUUAUGUAUAUCAUUUUCAAUAUAUCUGGCUCAGAUCGAUGUUUGGGAGCUGUGCUUUUACAUCUAUUCUGAUACAGUUUUUUCUAGUGGCGGAGGAAACAAAUGAAAAUAAUCUAUUUCUGAUUUUAUCUCAAUUAUAUGUAGCCUGACAGUCAUUCAAAUGUACACUUGAAAAACUGAAACAUUAACUUUAAUAUCCUCUUAUAUCAAUAUUUCACAUAACUGUAUUAGGUUAGUUAAACUUAAUAUUAUUGAUUUCAACUAACCUAAUAGUUAUGUGAAAUGUGUUGACAUAAUACAUUAAAUGAAUGUCAAUGUUUCAGUUUUUUCAGUGUGUGAAUGCUAAUUGGACUAGCUCCUCAAACUUGAGUCCUUUUCCCUAUAGAGAGGUUGUAGCUGAGCGUCGGUCUGCCACCCUCACACUGAGGCCUGAGCGUGUUCCCUGAACGCACCCUCCACUUCUCUGAUGACGACAACAUUCUAUUUGUAUUUAAAAGACUUUCUUGAGUUUGUACAGCCACACAUUUUAGUAUAUUUUCACAUUAAUAUAUUUAUUGCUGUAAAAUGUUUUACAAUAUUAACUCUUUGUUGUUUUUAGUGUAAGUAUUAAAACAUAAUAUUUAUUUUGAAAAAAAAAAAA